GGUGCUGCGGCGCCCGGCCCCGCCCCGCCCGGCGCUCGGUUUCUGUUUCGCUCCGGGCCCCCCGCGCCGCUGUCGCCGCUGUCGCGAUGGAGCCGCAGCCCGACAGCCUGGAGGGGUGGGUGGCCGUGCGCGACACCGCCUUCACCGAGCCUCAGCCGCCGCCGCGGCUCCGCUUCCUCGUGGGUUGGAACGGCGCGGAGGGCGCGUUCGCGGUGACCUGCCACGGGCGGGCCGAGGCGGCGGAGCAGGCCCCGCAGAGCUGGGCCGGGCUCUUCUCGGCACCGGCCCUGCGCGGCGUCCACCGGCAGCUGUCGGCCGUGUGCCCGCGCCUGGAGCCCGCCUUCCCCGAGCUGCCGCCCGCGCUGCCCGGCGCGGCCGCCGGCGGGCUCUGGGCCGUGCUGUUCCCCGGCGGCGCCGCGCCCGAUGAGGCCAAGCUGCAGGAGCUGUGCCGGGCGCUGGAGCUCUACCUGGGCUGGGCCCUGGAGCUCUGCGGCGGCCGCGUGGUGCUGGACGCCCUCUUCGCCGCCGACCGCUGCUGCGACGACGAGUACUUCGAGAGCCUCCACGAGCUCCGCGGGAAGGCCCUGCGCGGCCACCUGGCCCGGGCCAAGGAGGCCCUGCGGCGGGUUCUGCAGCAGCAUAAAAGUGCUGACACAAUGGUGGCUUUGAUGAAGGUUUAUGAAGAAGAAGAUGAAGCUUAUCAGGAUUUGGUCACCAUGGCAACACAAUUCUACCAGUAUUUACUGCAGCCCUUCAGAGAUAUGCGAGAGCUGGCAACACUGUACAAACUGGAAAUCCUGAAAUCUUUGCAGUAUGAUAAUUUGGGGCCUAGAAGAGUAGCAGCUUUGCAAAAGGAUGCUGAAGAAUGGACUAAGCGAGCUGAGAGUGCUGUGUGCUCCAUUCAGGAUAUCACAGUGAACUACUUCAAGGAAACUGUAAAGGGUCUGGCAGCAAUGCACAAACAGAUGGAACAAGAUGAGGAGAGAUUUGGUAAAACCACCUGGGCAUCAGCUUUGCCACGACUAGAAAACCUGAAAUAUAUGUUAGCAAAAGAAACCCUUCAGCAUCUGAGGGCAAGAGAGUUGUGCCUGAAACAGAAGAGAACUGGCAUUCAGAAACUCAUGGAGAAUCUUGGUGAACAAGAAGAGAAUUUAAGUGUAGUGGAGGAGCUGGAAAUACAGUAUUAUGAAACACAGCUGGAAUUAUAUAAUGUACAGCUUGAAGUAUUGAAACAUGAAGAGAUGCUGCUUAUUGUACAGUUGGACACUAUAAAGAGACAGAUUAAAGAGAAACAGGAUGAAGUUGUUUACUAUGAUACAUGUGAAAAUCCUGAGGAGCUCAAGGUCAUUGAACAGAGCAUGGGACAACAUUACGCUAACUUGUCAGCAAUGACGGUGCUGAGGCAGAAGACAAAGCACCUGGAGAAAAAGCGUGGGACUGUCUGUGCGAGGAGAGCCUACCUCAGGAACAAAAAAGAUCAGUGUGAAGCAAGCCAUCGGCAGAGACUGCAACAGGCAGAGGAGAGCAGAAAACGUUUCCAGCAGCAUCACAGCAUCCAGAUAAAGAGAGACAAACAAAAAGAGGAGGAGAAGAAGAAAAAAGCUUGGAUAAGCCAGGAACGCCAGAAAACACUGGAGAGGCUGAAAGUAUUCAGAGAGAAGCGUCCAGCUCACGUUGUUCUGAAAACAUCUCAUCCCCAGCCUCCCAGUCCCAGGCUGCCACGAGGGGUCCCUCAGCAGGCUGUGGUGCUGUCCCCUCCACCUGCCCCCAGCACAGGGACAGCCCCAGCAGCUCUGUCCCCUGCACCCCCAUCGAGAGUAAGGGCAGCCCUUGAGCAGCCACAGAGCAUUCUGCUUGUAGAAGACAAAGAACCAAAAGCUUCAUGUCAGAAUACCCCAGCAGACAUCCCUGAUGUCCAGAUUUUUGUUGCUGGUGGUGACACAGAGGAACAAAAGCACAGUGAGGAAUUGGUGGUCUCUCCAUGUUCACCACCACCUCCUCCACCCCCUCCUCCCUUGCCCCCUCCGCCCCCACCUCCCCCACUGCCUCUCCAGUUAAAAACACCAUCAGCAACAGAGGAUAAACCACUUCCCCUCAGCUCUGAUGGCCCCUCAGAAAGCCCUGCACUGCACAAACAGGAUGACUCCUCCAGGAGGUCUAUAAAUAAUUGCAUAGGUUCCAUGGAUGAAGUUUUGGCUUCUCUGAAGCGCAGUGAAGUUCACCUUCGCAAAGUGGAACAGCCAAACCCCUAUGCCUCUGUGAAGGACAACAUCCUCUCUGCCAUAAGGCAGGGGGUGAAACUGAGGAAAGUGAAUCGAGACACUGAGAGAGAUGGCACUAGAGGAUCCCCCAAUGAGCUUGAGAGGAGCAUUAAGGCAGCCAUGCAGAGAAUUAAAGUGUCUGCUGAUUCUGAAGAAGAGGAGGACAACGAUCAGAAUAAUGGGGAAUGGGACAGCUAACCAGCACAACAGACUUACUGACUGGAACAGAGUGUGUGCCUCAUUUUGCACGUUGUAGAAAACUGUCCCUUUCAAAAUGAAAGGACUGUGUGAUUGUGUGUGGUGUUCUCAUAGUCCAAAAUGUCUCGUAAAGUAAAAGAAUCCUGCUGAUUUUCUAUAGGAGCUACAGAUUCAUAUUUUUGCAUGAUAAAUCAUAUUCCAAAUUA